CUCGGUAGUGGCGGCGGACGGCCGGCUAUCUCCCGAGAUCCUAACCGAGAUCCGCCGCCGGUAAGGGUCUCCUCCUUUCCACGGGCCGAUUUUACGGGCAAUCUUGCGGCGAGGGCCCGGAAGGUUCUACGUGGUUCUACGUGGUUCAACGAAACCCGAGGAAACCGCGGAAACGACGCGGCACUCGGCGGCACGAAUCGAAGGUUGAAGCUGCAAGAUGAGGCGAACCAGCGCGGGAUCUCUGCCCCUGGAAGAGUUCCCCUAGCCUCCUGGAGGACGUUCCUUCGGAUAUAAUCAGAGGGAAACGCGACAGUGGCGGCUGCAACUCCAUCGGGCUUUGGCCAGGUCCAUCAGGGGUUCCCUUCAGACCCCUCAACGAGUCCCUUGGCUACGCCGUUGACUCAGGGACCUCCAACAUGACCCCGGAUGACCCAGCUCCCGACGAAGAGUUUGCCUUAGCCGUUGACCAAAAAGCCCAGAGGGACGCGGAGGCCAUUCGAGGAGCGAUUUACCUCGGAGGGGCGUUGACGGCGGCCUGGAUCGUCGGCGCCGCGGGUCUGUCCUUGGCAUGGCUUGUCCUGGUGCUGGCCCUGGUCGGAACCAUCGCCAAGAGCCGACUCUCGAGGCUCCUGCAGACCGCUCUUCGGCACGAGUUAGCCCGCCUAAGGAGGCGAAGAGCCCUCUACAAGGACGAGACCGCCGAGUGGCUCAGCAUCCUGGUGAACAGAUGGUGGAGGUUCAGUGCGGCGAGUAUAUUUUCCCUGGCGAAGGAGAGGCUGGAGCCGUUAUUAAAUGAGGCCAAGCCUGGAAUUCUAGGUCCCCUGGAAUUGCGGGAGCUGACUCUUGGCGAGCAGACCCCGUGCGUUACUAGGAUUCGUACCUUGGAUUAUGCCAACGACGAGGACGUAUGCGCUCGUCCUGGAUUCACGAAGUUGUCCAUCGAGGCCGAUUUAAGACUGGAUUGCGAGCAAUUCCGUAUGCUCAUCACCACCAGACUGUUUGGCAAAGGCGUCGGCAUGGACGUCGAUCUCGCAGUGGAGAAGCUCUCGCUCUCGGGCACCAUUCUCGCCACCCUGACGCUAAAUUCUUCGGCGCCCUUUCCUCACGUCACGCAUCUCACCGUCAGCUUUAUAGAAAAACCGGAUGUGUGGUUCAGCGUGAGAGUUUUACGGGCCGUUCAGAUGAUGGAGGUGCCUCUCGUGAAAACCUGGAUCCACGCGGUCGUUUCCGAUGCCCUGGCCAGCUGGCUGGUGGACCCUGGACACGUCGAGCUCGACCUGAGGGCCCAGGAGAGACCCAGUCCUGGACUGGAUUGUUUAAACAACGCGAUUCCACAAGGAGUUCUCACCGUUACUCUCAGUCAAAACGGAUGCGCUGCUCCAACUGGAGACGAAGUAAGGUGGCUUCUGGUUACGAUAGGCGACCAAAGACUAGUUACGGCUCAUCUGACUUCGACAUGGGCCGAGGACGUUUCUUUCCUCGUUGGUCCUCUGGAUAACGAAAGGAUCAUGAUCAAGCUGAAGACCAAAAAGCUCGUCAGCACGAUAACUCUGGCUCAGUUUGAAUUGGCCCUGGGAGUAUACAAUUGGGAGCACUCGCAAAUAGUCGAUGCGGUUUUGCAACAGAAAAAGCCGUCACGGAAUAGCGCCAACAUUCCCAACAUCAGUGCAAGGCUCGAGUACACCGCAUUGCCAAAUUUGGAUCCGGAUUUGCCGCCGCCGAAUUUUGCCGAUGAAAAUCUACACCCUGCAGGAGUUCUCGUCGUUUACAUCCACUCUGCCGAGGAUCUCAACAAUGAUGCGAACCAAUGCAAUCCCUAUUGUAUGCUGUUCAACAAUCGCAAAAAGAUAAAAACGACUCACUAUAUUCGCGGCAGUACUUCUCCUCGUUGGGAAGCAAGAGCACAAUUUCUAGUACAAGAUUACACCCAAGUGUCUCUCAGUUUUGUCAUUUGUUCCUGGAGUAUAUCAAAAAUGGCAGACACCGAUAUGCUUGGACUCGCUAUGCUGUCGUUAUCACAGGACCAAAGGUGGAUCGUAAGGAAGGAACUGACAUUAAGUGGCUCGAACAGCAUGUCCACGUUAACUGUAUCCGUACUGUUUUAUCCUGUCAAAAGUGUGCAACAAGUCGUUACUAGUAGACGGAGCAGUAUGGUCCCUGUGUCAUCGGACGAAGAGCCAAAGACUAAACGAAAUAGUCUUCCUUGGAUGCAGCAAGCGAAACUGCUACUUACAAGAGAUGUCGAUCCAGCAUCUUCCGAUAUAUCUAGUUUACUUUCCACUGGCAGUGGCUUAAUGGAAGUGACAUUGCUACGUGCUAAAGAUCUAGUUGCAAAAGAUCUUAAUGGGUUCAGCGAUCCUUUCUGUGAGCUGAAACUGAACAAUGAGACGAAGUACAAAAGCAGCGUGAAAAAGAAAACCCUUAAUCCUUGCUGGGACGAAAGCUCCAUCAUGGGUUUACCUAGAACAGGAGAAACGUUAGAUAUUAUGUUAUGGGAUCACGACACGUUCGGUAUGAAGGAUUAUUUGGGUAAAGUCUCGUUAACCUUGGACGACAUUAGGAAAUUAUCUGUCACCGAUCAGUCCCACUGGUUCGUACUAAGAGGAACCAAGUCAGGAUCUGUUGAACUUAAAGUUAAAGUCUUGUCCGAAGAAUGCGAGACUCAAAGCACUUACGCUGCCAGUAAUGUCAGUGAAAGUUCGACGAGGCCACACACAGAUUUGGAAACUUCAUCGAACAUUAUUAGAAGGCCAUCGAUGGAAAAAACAAAAAUGAGAUUACACGUAGAUCCUGUAGUACCUCCGCCACCACCUCCACGUACUGUCACCUUGCUGAAACCUACCAUAUCUAAUCAAUCUGAUAAGAUGAGCACAACGAGCAAGGAGUCUGGUGAAAUUAAUGGAGGGUCAAACAAUUGGAUACCUCAGGUGCCAACUGAUUCGGCUCCAGAUGCAAUCGAUGAAGCUGAAUCCUUAAAAUUGACCGGAAGACGAGCCUCCAACAAUAGUUUAUCUCCAAGUCCUGUACAGAGCUUCGACAAGAAGACACCGCAAUAUAAUAGUUUUCGAGUAAUGAAGCAAAAGGUAAAAAGAGGACUCAAGCUUCGCAGGUUUCGCUCGGAAGUAAAUAUCGAAGAUAAAAGUGAAUCUAGCAAAGGGGUUACUUUAAGUUUAGAGCCAAGAGGAGGUGGUGAGGCUGAUGCUACGGAGCUUUUGCAAGGAGCUCUAUCGCAUGCAGUUUCACAGCCGGAUAUGCUGGGAAGAAUAAGGCAACCUAGUCCUAGACUGAGAAUAAGACCUAAUGACCUAAAAAUUACUAACGGUACGAGAGAAAAAUAUACCGGAGUGGAAGGGAAAGUACUCCAGGCUCAAGGGCUUCACGUAGCUCACAUUGCUCAGUUGUACUGUCGUGUAAAGCACCAAACAUGUACAAGUCCUGAUAAAAUUGCAUCCUCGGCUAAUGGUGGUAAAACAAUUGCAAAGUCGCGGCUUCUACCAGCGAUGCCAAAUCCGCAAUUUAGCAUAGACUUCCAUAUGGAUGGGGAUGGUGUACCGAAACAAAGUGUAUUAACUUUCGAAAUACGAAGUGCCAGUAAAGAAUUGUUGGCUAGUCGACGAAUCACUCUUCAUGAACUUCUAGGAGUAACUGCAACUUCGAACGAGGUUCAUACGUGGUUGGCUUUAAAUAACGGGGCAUCCCUAGAGGUACAAAUAGCACACGGAAAGGAAGUUAAAAGUAAAACGUCUAAAAAAUUAUUCCGAUCGUGGUCUGUUCAUCGAAUUGGGAAAAUAUGAGAUCGAAUUCACGUCAGAAUAUUCUGACUCUAAAACCUCCAAUCAAAAACGAUAAUCAAAUCGUACUCUCUGAAAAUAAUAUGUAUAAAGGAGCGCUUCCUGUAAAUUGCGUUUAAUCAUUGUGUUCAUGCCUUGUGAAAGUAACUUUUCUCUGCGUAUUUUAUUCCAGUGUACUUAAAUUAUGCAGCACCCUUUCAUGUGUAUAUGUAUAUGAAGUACAAAUAUCAUUCAUAAUAUGUAAUUACAAAGAAAAGCUAUAUUGUACAUUUUUUAAAACAGAGUACCAGUUUUAUCUUCUGCGGCAUAAGAUGCACCAUAUAAAUGAAAGCUUUAAUUCGAGUACAUAUAUCUUUACAUAUAUUGUCUGUGGAAAUUAUUUAUAAAAUCUUACCAUAUCUCGGACACUUAAUGGAAUCCGAUUUUUUCAAAUAAAGUUAUGAAAACAUA